GACAAGCUAGGGAAAUCCUAUGGACAUACAUCUGGAGAUGUAUGGAAUCAGUGUAAAAAAGUCUUCCUUGGUACUGAAGAAGGUAAUGUGAAUGCGAAAGAAACAGAAACACAUGACAAUGUUCAGAUCCAUGAAAAAUAUUGCAGUGGAGGGAAACCCUAUGUAUGCAAGCAAUGCGGGAAAGGUUUAACCACACUUGGAAUUUGUAAGAAACAUGAAAGAAUUCACAGAGGAGAAAGACCCUACAUAUGUAAUCAAUGUGGGAAAGCUUUUACAACACGUACAUAUUGUCAAGUACAUGAAAGACUUCACUCUGGAGAAAAACGUUAUGAAUGUGAGCACUGUGAGAAAGCUUUCAGCACACACACUUAUUGUGUAAUCCAUGAAAAACUUCACACUGGGCAGAAAUCGCAUAUAUGUAAGAAAUGUAGGAAAGCUUUUAGCAGUAAAAUUCAUUUUCAAAUACAUGAAAAUGUUCACAAUGGAGAGAAACCCUAUGUGUGUAAGCAAUGUGGAAAAGGUUUCACCCAACUUGGACGUUGUAAGGAACAUGAAAGAAUUCACACGGGAGAGAAACCAUAUGUAUGUAAGCAAUGUGGGAAACCUUUUACCACACAUGGAUAUUGUAAGAAACAUGAAAGAAUUCACACUGGAGAGAAACCAUAUGUUUGUAAGCAAUGUGGGAAAGCUUUUAACACAUGGGGAGACUGUAAGAGACAUGAAAGAAUUCACACUGGAGAGAAACCAUAUGUAUGUAAGCAGUGUGGGAAAGCUUUUAACAGACGGGGAGUUUGUAAGAGACAUGAAAGAAUUCACACUGGAGAGAAACCAUAUGUAUGUAAGCAAUGUGGGAAAGCUUUUAACACAUGGGGAGACUGUAAGAAACAUGAAAGAAUUCACACUGGAGAGAAACCAUAUGUAUGUAAGCAAUGUGGGAAAGCUUUUAACACACGUGCAAACUGUAAGGGUCAUGAAAGAAUUCACACUGGAGAGAAACCAUAUGUUUGUAAGGAAUGUGGGAAAGCUUUUAACAGACGGGGAGUUUGUAAGAGACAUGAAAGAAUUCACACUGGAGAGAAACCAUAUGUAUGUAAGCAAUGUGGGAAAGCUUUUAACACACGUGCAAACUGUAAGGGUCAUGAAAGAAUUCACACUGGAGAGAAACCAUAUGUUUGUAAGGAAUGUGGGAAAGCUUUUAACAGACGGGGAGUUUGUAAGAGACAUGAAAGAAUUCACACUGGAGAGAAACCAUAUGUUUGUAAGCAAUGUGGCAAAGCUUUUAACACAUGUGCAAACUGUAAGGGUCAUGAAAGAAUUCACACUGGAGAGAAACCAUAUGUAUGUCAGCAAUGUGGAAAAGGAUUCACUAGUUCUGGACAUUGUAAGCAACAUGAACGCAUUCACACUGGAGAGAAACCAUAUGUAUGUAAGCAAUGUGGGAAAGCUUUUACCAAACAUGGAUAUUGUAAGAAACAUGAAAGAAUUCACACUGGAGAGAAACCAUAUGUAUGUAAGCAAUGUGGGAAAGCUUUUAGCACAUGGGGAAAUUGUAAGAAACAUGAAAGAAUUCACACUGGAGAGAAACCCUAUGUAUGUAAGCAAUGUGGGAAAGCUUUUAGCACAUGGGGAUGUUGUAAGAAACAUGAAAGAAUUCACAAUGGAGACAAACUCUUACGCAUGUAAAUAAUGUGGGAAAGCUUUUAAAAUGCAGUGUAACAUAAGAGACUAGACUAAUAUCACUCUGAACAGUGAAUAAUAGUAUCCUGAGAAGGAGAAAGGUGAGGAAUUGCCUAAAAAUAGAAGGCAGAGGACAUUGUUAAAAGUGUAUCAGGAUUUAAAAUCUACAGUAGUCUUGUUGCUCUAUUUAGUUUGGUUAUAUUUUGUUCUUGUCUGUCUACUCAUAUUAGAUUUGAGGGCACACAGAGAUAACCCAAAAAUAGCAGGUUAUACCAUGGUAACUAUCCUUAAUUUCCUAUUAACUAAAACUGAAACCCUAUAUU